UUCCUGCGGCACAAGGUGGCCCUCAUCUCGCCCACUGUCCUCAAGGAGAACGGGGUCCCGUUCAGUCGCAUCACUCAGGAGGCUGGAGAGUUCAUGGUGACCUUUCCCUAUGGCUACCACGCUGGCUUCAACCAUGGCUUCAACUGUGCGGAGGCCAUCAACUUUGCCACCCCGCGAUGGGUCGACUAUGGCAAAGUGGCCUCUCAGUGCAGCUGCGGGGAGGCCCGGGUGAGCUUCUCCAUGGACGUGUUCGUGCGCCUCCUGCAGCCCGAGCGCUAUGAGCUGUGG